AUGUAUCGGCUCUUCGUGACGGUAAUCACGGUAAUCAAAUUCGCGUCAAUCAACGCGGAGUUGCAUAGGAUUCCGUUAUACAAGACAUUUUCCGAUGAAAAAUUUUUGACGAAAACUAUGGCACGACUCCGUUUGGGUACGGCAAACGUACCUCUGAUUAAUAAUGACAAUUUAGAAUAUUAUGGUAAUAUCGAAAUUGGAACUCCACCGCAGACAUUUAAAAUAGUUUUCGACACUGGUUCCUCGGAUCUCUGGAUUGGUGGCCUUGGGGUUACAUCACAGAUAUUCGGAGAAGUGUUUAAUUUCUCGGAAGAUUCUUUGCCCUGGGCAAAAUGCGACGGCGUUCUGGGGAUGGGCUAUCGCGCCUUAUCUGCUUUUAAACAGGAUUCUGUCUUCCAAAACAUGAUUGAUCAACACUUGGUGUACCGACCAAUUUUUAGCUUCUAUCUAAAUCGAAAUGUCACGGACGUGUUCGGCGGUGAACUGAUAUUGGGUGGCAUCGAUUCUUCCCAUUACGAGGGCGAGUUUACGUAUGUUAAUGUUACUAAAAAAAAAUACUGGCAAAUUACCAUGGAUAAGAUUCAAGUAAAAAAUUACACCUCUUGCUCGGAAGGCUGUCAAGCUAUUGUUGACACGGGUGAUUCUUUGAUAUGUGGACCACCGCAGACUAUCGAAGCUCUUAACAGAGAGAUCGGUGUUAAUGAUACUGGACUAGUGAACUGCGACGAGAUUUCUAAUUUGCCCGAUAUCAAUUUCGUCAUAGGUGGUAAGACGUUUCCACUCACUGGUCAAGAUUAUAUCUUGAAGAUGACAGAAGGCGAAAUAGAUGUUUGCAUUCCCGCCUUCGAAGGAGUUAAAUCGCAUGAUGAAUUAGAGUGGAUUUUGGGCUAUCCAUUUCUUGGUCGAUACUACACCAAGUUUGACAUGGGGAACAACCAAGUGAGAUUCGCCACUUUAAAAUAA